ACAAUCAUUGUCAUCGGUAUAAACGGUAUAAACAAGAGUGUCGAUGUAAAGUGCAUCCAUUGCUGCAAUGAAAGCGGUGUCUAUAUUUUGUUUAUCUAUUGAUGAAUGUUAGUUACUGUUAUUGUUUAAGUGUAAAAGAUUAAUUCAAAAUAUUGCCAAUAUGGCUUGCGAAGUAGAAAAUUUUUUAGCCCGAGCAUUAUUGCAGGCAGUUCAAGCCGAGGACUUUAAAUGUGCAAUGUCUUUAAUGGAAAACCAUAAAGCGAAUCCAUAUCACGUAGUGAAGGACAGCGGAAUCGCUCCGCUUCACUUUGCUGUCUGUAUGACAAAUGAAAAAUCAGCCAUUUACUUCACGAAAUUCUUCUUGAAGCACAGCGGUGAUCCGAAUGUUAAAACCGAAGACGGUGAAACUUCUUUGCACAUUGCUUGCUAUUAUGGGAGAAUGAAAAUCGUCGAACUGCUUGUGAUAAAUGGUGGCGACAUUUCCAUCAAAGACAAUGACGGAAAUACACCCCUCAACAUCACAAUCAACGAGGGUCAUUUUGACAUUUUCGAAAUGCUGAAGAAGAUGAUCUUCGAAGCGAAAGAAAAGAAGCGAAACGAAACCGUCCCUGAAACUGAAAUUGACGAUCCGGAUAGACCGGCUAGAGUAACAUUAAACCGUAUACACUACGAUAUGGACAGUGCUAGUCCUUAUUACGUUAAUAUAACCAGACGAAAACCGAAGCCAACCGUUCAACCAAUCAGUCAUCAUGAAGCGUCCAUCGUGGAGGAGCAAGCGAACAUUUUCCAACUAAACGAAUCGAAUUUGGUGGAAUUCCAAAAAGUCAACCAACGACUGUCGAAGAAAUCGCUGGUUAAUACAUGGAAAGAAAAAUUGAUCAACACAGCCACCAAUUACGACGAGAUGCUGCAGGAGUUUAAUAAUUUGCAGUUUUCGUCCACCAAACUAUCCGCUGAUUUAGAACUAGAUCUGACCAACGAAAUGACAAAUAAAUUCAGCAACAACAUAAAAUCCUCUUCCACAAAACUUCCUCGAGAGCUUGCUGUCGAUGUUGAUGCAGCGAACGACAGUUUUUAUACGGCCAAGUCAGAAGAAAAUGGAACGUUCAUAAAAUCACCGAACCGAUUGGGAAAUGAUGAAGAAAAUUCGCCGGAAAAUCAAGUGCAACUGGUCGAGGACUACAGGCACAAUGAUAGGGAAAAUGGAGUAGUUUUCUAUGAACGGAAAAUCGAACCGUGUCUAAGCCGAACGAAUAAGACUGACUCGCAGACAUCGGCAUCGUCGAAGUUUACUGUUCCUUCAGAUUAUAAUACCGUCGAUUUGCGGCGUGAACUAACACAGUUUGGCGAUUCGCCUGGACCGAUAACGAAGAGCACAAAAUAUCUAUACAUGAAGCGAUUGAUGAAAUUCAAACGGCAUCCGGAAUUAGCAAAUAUUCCAGCGAACGUGCAGUCCAAGUCAAAUUAUUCAAUCGAAUUGGAAAAGACUCUCAAACCGGACACCUGGCAGGACGCCUUGAACCAGUACGCUGAGAUGGAUUUCGAAACGAAAAUGGUGAAUGGCUUUCAAUCCCCGCAAUUUUUCAAAAGCAACGGUGACGACUGUCUGAAAAAAAGCUUCGUGUACAUUCUGAUCGAUCCGACAAUAUCCGAAAAUCUACCGGGCAAUGCAAAAAAUCUGGAACCACUGGAAGCGUGGAAAAGGUUCAUUUCGUCAAUAUUUUACAUUGGAAAGGGAACAUGUAGUCGUCCCUAUUCCCACUUGUACGAUGCCAUUAAAAUGUACCAACAACGAUCGGGAAAGAGUGAAGCAAACUCAGAUUCUCCGUGGACGAAAAAAGUCAAAGAAACUGAGAAAUUGAAACGCAUCAAUAACAUAUGGAAAGCUGACAAAGGUGUGAUUUGCUUGAAUGUUUUCCACAACAUAACUGGAGCGGAAGCGUUCUGCAGAGAGGCUUGUAUUAUUGAAGCUAUUGGCUUGGAGAAUGUAACCAAUUUGAAACGUGGCGAGUACCAUGGACUGCCAAAGACAUGGCCAAUGCGAGACCGGAAACAAUUGGGCGCUGUGUUGCUAUUUAAGUCUUUUAAAAUUUAUUUAUCGGAAGGUGAAAGUCAAUUAAGACCGAACCAUAUUAAAUCGUAGGAAUCAUGUGAUAUUAGGCUCGAUUAGAAAAAAAAAAAUUUUAAUUCAACUUGA